AUACCUCAACAUCCAUCCAACCUGCCGCUGCUAGCAGGUUGAUAGCUAACCGGAGAGUUCAGGGCGGCGCGGCUUCAUCAUGAGGACGUCCCUCCCUCGUUAACCGGCACCGAGGACUCCCACGGCUCCCCACCCAGCUGGACUCAUCGCCCCACCGCGGAAAGCGAGAUGACGACCCGGUCGGAGAGAGAAAAAGCCCAGAAACUGAACGAGCAGCAUCAGGCCAUUCUUACCAAACUGCUGCGAGAAGAGGACAACAAGUACUGUGCAGACUGUGAGGCUAAAGGACCUCGAUGGGCGUCAUGGAACCUCGGGGUGUUCAUGUGCAUCCGCUGCGCCGGCAUCCACCGCAACCUGGGCGUCCACAUCUCCAGGGUCAAAUCCGUCAACCUGGACCAGUGGACACCUGAGCAGAUCCAGAGUAUGGUGGACAUGGGGAACACCAGAGCCCGCCAGCUGUAUGAAGCUCACCUACCAGAGAGCUUCAGGAGGCCACAGACAGACCAAGCCGUGGAAGUUUUCAUCCGGGACAAAUACGAGAGGAAGAAGUACUACGACCAGGAAGCCUUGGCCGCAGCCUCACAGAAAGCUGAAGCGGCUGCUCCUUCCACCUCGCCUUCCUCCCAGGCUGACAAGACCAGAUCAGAGAAGGAGCGUGACAAGAAGAAAGAGGAGAAGAAGAAAGAAAAGGAUGCUGACAAAGUGGAAAGACACAGCAACUCUAAGCAGUUGGAGUGCAGAUCCAGCCCCAAGAAAAGCACAGAACCGGCUGUGGACCUGUUAGGGCUCGAUGCUCCAGAGGGAGAAGGGAAAGGUUCUGAUCAAACGGGUCCCGGCGGGAAUGAGCUGGAUCUGUUCGGACCGAUGGUGUCCAACCCACUUCCCCCCAACACCACAAAGCAUGAUCAGUCAGGCUCCAGUGCAGCUCCUACACAGGUGGAACCCCCCACUUCCUCCACCUCCUCUUCCUCCACUGCCACAAAGGUGGAGGAGAAGAAGCUUUUAUCUAAGGACUCCAUCCUGUCUCUGUAUGGCAGCAGCUCAGUGGGCAGUCAGCCGCAGAGCCAGCCACAGCCUGCUGCCGGAGGACCAGCAGGAUCGUACCUGGGCCAGCCCCAGAUGCAGUUCAACCCACCAGGUUUCCCUCCAGCGAUGGGAGGAAGCCUCCCAACCACGGCCGUGAUGGGUGGCGGUCCAUCGAUGUCCGGCGUGACGCUGCCGAACGGCGGCUACCUGGGAGGGACGCCGGCCAGCCAAGGACAAAACCUCUACAACAUGCAGCAAGGACAGCAGCAGCCGCAGCAGGGACAGUGGAACAUGAGCCAGCAAAUGUCUAGCAUGGGUUUGGGUGGCGGAGGACCAGCCGCCGCCGUGCCUACCACCGGUUGGUCCGCUUCUCCAGCACCAGCUUCGGGUCAAACCCUCAGCACUCAACUGUGGAAGUAACCUGGACCGAGUCCAGAGGAUGCGGUGGGGGGCAGGGACGCAUCAGACUGACUUACUCUCCUGUAUGCACAACGUUGCUACAACUACUAAUAAUGAUUUAACAACUUUAAAAAAAUAUUAAGAAAGAUCGGCAGCUGUGUGUUCCCCGCCUUUCCAAAUGUUCCUCCUCUGAUCCGUCUCCUUUUGUUGUUGUCUGAAAAACGACAACAGAGUAACAAGCAGGAAGCUGCUAACGCUAACGUAAGCCUUUAUCAUUACAGAAACGUAGAGUUAGUGAAUCGUGGUUCAGUACCUACAGUAGAUAUGGAUAUCUUGUUGUUGGUCUAUGCUUCCUGCCUCAACCUUUCCUCGGUAAUGUACAUUGAACUCUCCUCUCUUCCCUGACUCCCUCUGUUGGGCCAACAGAAGCACACAGCAGAUACUUGUCUGAGCAGUACUGCAUUUCUAUGGAAAACGAUAAGAAACUCCUGCAUUUUCAAAGAAGAGGGGGAUAAGUCUGGCAUUUCUGUGAGGUUCUGCUGCAGGUUUAUACUUUAAAUGUCAUUUUCCACAUGUAGUUACAGAUUUUAACAAUUUCCCUUGUAAAAUAAAUUAAAUAAAGCAUUCAAGUGAAGCAAUAUUACAAUCACUGCAGGUUCUGUUUGAUUAUUUAGUGAGCAAAUCCUCCUGUGCCCAAAUAUAUCAGUGAACAUAAGAGCAACUCAGCAGUUCUUAGAUAUUGAUUUUGAUUUUCACUUCAAGAACAAAAUAAAACAUUUGCACUUCUUGGAGCUCCUUCUGACCGUAGGGGAAAGAAAGUUUCCACAAUUUAAGAUUUAAGAAGGGAAGUAGCUGCUAAUGAAAAUAUGCUUAAAGGUGACCUAUUAUGCUAUAGGUUUAUGGGCGACACAAAACAUGUUCAUAAAAUAUUUUUUUGCACAAA